AUGACGCUGCCGACGCUGUCGGCUGGGCCCGUCCUCUCCGGGAAGCUCCUGGUGCAGUUGACCCCGCAACGAGCCCUUUUCAUGCCGGCUGCUCCGGGCAAAGGUACCGUUCCACCCGCGGUGGCUUAUCCUUCUGGGUGCCGGGCGGUGCAGGCGAGCGUGUGCGACCCCUUCGUCGUCUUGCGCUGUCAGGAUGGUUCCCUCAAGCUGCUGUCUGUGGCAGAGGGCCCAGCCCUGCGAGACCACACCGGCCAAGCUGCCUUCAAGGAGCUUGCUGCAGCAAGUUGGGCUGCCCUCGCGAGCACACAGAAAGGUCUCUGGCUGACGGUGCUGACGCCCCAACAGCGAGGCUUGCUCGUCGUCUUCAAACUGACGGCAAGUGGUAGCGCGGUGUCUGUGGAGGAGGUCUUUCGGACAUCCCGCUUGUCGGAUGUGCCGCCAGUGUUGAGGAAGACCCCGGCGGCCGAGCCGGAUGAUGAGGACGCGGUCAAUCAACUCAGCCCAUCGUGGGACUACCUGCGUCCAAUCACGGACGUCUCGGCUCCUCUUCCUCGGAAUAGCCUGGAGAUGACGACGAAGGCAGAGGAGGAGACAGCAAGCGUGGACUUAGAGGAGCUCUACAGCAGCCUCAUCUCCGAGAUGCUCCCGACCCGAGCUGAAAUCCUGCGGGCGACGCGCGCCUCCCGGGCGCUGCAGUGCCUGGGUCGCCCCUUCCGGCAAGGAAAGGGCGACUUCUACGACCGCAGCGUCCCAUCCACUCGGAUUUCCUCCUUUUGGUCGCACAGCUGGCAUGGAGCAGUGUGGCCAAAGAUUCUCACCUUGCUGCUCAUGAACAACGGGACCGCCGCAGCGGUGCUAAGCUCCGCCUCCGUGGUGCUGGUGGGCUUUGUAUAUGGCUCUGGAGUUUUGCCCUUCUUCUAUCUGGGGUGGUGUUGCACAACCGGGGCCUUGACGUACACGCUCGUGAUGGUGUUCUGGCGCAGCCGCCAGUUGGUGUUCGUGGACAGGAUCUGCAUCUCCCAAUCGGAUGAGGAGCUGAAGGGGGAGGCUCUUAUCAGCCUGGGGGCUUUCCUGAAAUGCGCCGACUCGAUGCUUGUCCUCUGGGAUCCGACCUACGUGGAGCGUCUGUGGUGUGUUUUCGAACUCGCAGCCUUCCUGCACAGCCGCCAGCGGGGAAUGAAGCCAGACCUGACGAUCCGACCCACCGUGUUGGGUCCCGCUGUUCUCCUCAUCCUCGCACAGCUCUUCGCCGCCAACGCUGCGAGUUCUGUGGCUUGGAACAUGAUGGGAGCUGGCUUGGAGUUCUAUGUGGGCCAUGCAGUGCUGGCCAUUGGGACCGUGGUCCUUGCCGUGCACAUCGGGCGCUCAUACUGCCGCAGCAUCGCGAAGCUGCACGAGGAAGUCUCAGGGUUCCGAGUCGACAGGUUGAAGAGCUACUGCUGCUCCGUGGAUCACCAUGACCCAACAUCAGGGGAGGCCAUGCCCUGCGACCGGAAGAUCAUCCUGCAGUGCGUCCGCACGUGGUUUGACACGGUCCAAGCUUUCGAGCGCCGAGUCCAGACGGAGGUCUUGCAGAUCCUGAUCUACCAGCUUUCCAAUGAGGUGUUUUCCUACUGGCAAGCAGUGGUGCUUACCACACCCAUUGCAUGGCGCUACGCCGACCUCGGCUUUGACUGGGUCCUUGCUGGGGACGCCACCAAGGCGGUGCACAACUUCAUGCGUGGCUUCACCUAUUGGUUCGCAGUCUCUCCGACCUUGACCUUGCUGUUGGUGCGACUGGCCUACUGGACUCGCAAGAAGCAGGCUUAUCGACUGGUAGAUUACAUGGUGUCCUUUCUCAUAACUCUUGUCGGCGCGGCUUACUAUUUCGCGCACCAAUUCUGGGAUCUUCUGCUUUUUCAAGCGAUUUUUCCUGAGAUGCGCAUUGUGGCGGGGCUGAUGUACUCAAUACCUGCUUUCGGAAUAGCGCUGCUGGUGUGGCGGGCCAUACCAAAGAUACCCGUGCACUCAACAACUGCGCCGAGGGACUGUCCUUGA